CUGGAAUUCCCACAAAAUUCACGUCUCUGAACAAAGUAGGAAGCUUUCUUUUCGACCUUGUCUUAUAUAUUUUUGAUUUUUUUUUUCUUUUUGUAAAACUACAUAAAAAUGGCUGAAGAAGAACACCAGAUUGAUUUCGAAGGUGGUGAGGCCGGUGCCUCUUUGACUUUCCCUACCCAAUGCUCUUCUUUGCGUAAGAACGGCCACGUUGUCAUCAAGGGCCGUCCUUGCAAGAUUGUGGAAAUGUCUACCUCCAAGACCGGUAAGCACGGUCACGCCAAGGUCAACAUCGUUGCCGUUGACAUUUUCACCGGCCGUAAGUACGAAGAUGUCUCUCCUUCCACCCACAACAUGGAAGUUCCUGUCGUUAAGCGUGAUGACUACCAAUUGGUUCACAUUGAUGACGGUUUCUUGUCCCUCAUGACCUCCGAUGGUAGCACCAAGGACGACGUUCGUAUUCCCGAAGGUGAAAUUGGUCAACAAAUUGAAGAAGGUUUCGAGGAGGGCAAGGACUUGAUCAUCUCUGUCGUCUCUGCCAUGGGUGAAGAGAUCCCCCUCAGCGUUCGUGAGGCUCCUUCCAGCUCUUAAGUUGGGUAAGUCCCUCUGUAUACGUGGUGGGUGCAAAAAUAUAGUCGUUCUUAUAUUGUUACCGUGUUGGUAAUGCCCUAUUUGAAGGAUAGACAAUCCCUUUGCAUGCCAUUCAAGAAGCAUGGCUUUAAAGAUGGAUGUUUCUGUUUUUGUUUUUGUCAUUGACAAACAUGCAUGUUUCUUAUUCUUACGAUUUUCUUAAUGGAUGGAUUGGUCAAAUAAAAAUGGAAUCACAUACGUUAACUGAUGUGAUGUACGGUAUUGCGCAUGAAAGAGUCUUGUAGUUGAGUAAAAGUAAGAGACCAACGAAUGU